UUAUCGCCAUGGUAUGUAAAUAUUCACGUGUCCCUCGUCACCGAAAUGCAUAAUAUUUCUUAAAAAUAGAUAAAACCCCACAAAACAAGUUCGUAUUCAAACGUCGUCAAGUUAAGUACAAUAUUCAAUGGUUUCUAAUAUGUUUUACUUUGUUUUAUUGUUAUUUGCGGUUGCGAGCACUUCAGCAGAAUAUGACGCAAAAAUCAUCAAUGGCGUCAUAUCCUUCAUUGAAGACUAUCCUUACAUGGUAUCUAUACAAAUGUUUGGGUCGCAUAUGUGUGGCGGAGCUAUUCUCGACGAGGAUACCAUACUUACAGCUGCACAUUGCAUGAAAUUAGCGAAACACGCUCCGAUGCGUUGGUUUCUGAAGAUUCAAGCUGGAUCGACAAGGUUGUAUGAAGGUGGGCAAACAAUUAGUGUGAGCUCAAUCCGCGACAAUUCAAAUUACUCCAGCGAGGUCUCUGAUUAUGAUGUUGCUGUCCUCAAGUUGAAAUACAAGCUGGUGUUUAAUGAUAAAGUAAAACCUAUUGAUUUACCUUCUGAACGACCGCUUCCUGGAACGAUGGCAAAGGCUGCUGGUUGGGGAAGAACUCAAGCAGGAGGUGGAGUGUCUCAAAUGUUGAAUGCUGUUGAAUUACCUGUGAUUGAUCAAGCUAUAUGUGUUAACUCUUAUCCAGAUGAGCUUGUUUCUGAGAGAAUGAUGUGUGCUGGAUUUUUGGAAGGUGGAAAGGAUACGUGUCAGGGCGAUUCUGGUGGUCCAUUGGUUGUGAAUAAUUCAGUAAUAGGAAUUGUUUCCUGGGGAUAUGCAUGUGCACAAGAAGGAAAACCUGGUGUUUUUUCAGACGUUAGCAGUCUUUUAGAUUUUGUGAAACAGUCGCGUUAACUGGACACUGAGAUUUUGGAUGUUGCUGAGUGUGCAGUUUCCAUGUUUCGGUAAAUAACAAAUAAAUAAAUCCAAAAACUUAA